GGACUGCUAAUAUGGACACAAAUGUAUUGGCUGCUUCUAAGGACCCAAAGGAUUUACAACAAACCCCCGCCCAAUCCAGGACUGCUUACCUAGACGCAAAUGUACACGCUGCUUCUAUGGACACAAAGGAUUUAAAACAAACCCAAUACAGGAAGCUCGCUAUUGAUGCAAAUCAACUGUCUUGUAUGGACCCAACAACACAUACAAAAAACCCCGGCCACUCCAAGUAUACAUACAUAAUUUUAACCCUUGCAUCAUUCAUUGGAUUUCUCACCCUCACACCCUUCCCUGAAUUUAAAUCACCUCUUAAAUCGUAA